AAUUAUUUUUUUAUGAUGAAAAUGUUUUUUUAAAGUUAGUUUUAGAUUAAAAGAAGGUGGGACUAUCAAAUUACUUUACAAUGCAUAUGUAUAAUAUAAUGCAUCUGAGGCGGGCGUUUAUUUUUAUAUUUUUUAUUUUCAUUCUUGGAUUUAUAUUUCUUAUUACAAGGGAUUCUUUUUUACCUGAAGAGGAUAGAAACUUAACAUUGAAAAAAAUAAAUACCUUUAUAAAAUUAGACAAAAAAAAUGUUGGUUGUGUGCAGCCAAAAUUGUCUGUUUUUGCUCCUGAAAUAAUGAAAUUUGUGAAACAUGUGCCCAAUAUUGAUUGUUCCAAAUCUAAGCAAGAUUGGGUUAAAUGUAGGGAAAGUGUGUGCAAAAUACAAAAAUCUGUUAAACAAUUAUAUGGACCUAUAAAAUGUACCUUCACUGAUAUUAUAAGAGUUGAUGAUUUUAAAUUGGAGGAUGGCCAAACAGUUUCAUCUGAUGACAGUUACACAUUAAUAAAAAGUGAUGUGGUGAAAGUUUCCUGUGUGGGUUCAAGUAGGGAAAAAUGGUCAGCAACUUUGAUGGGAAUAAGAAAGGAUAAACUAAUCCAGGAAACUUCCAAUUGGGAUGAAGUUUCCGAUAAUGCUUUAAAAAUGAACGUUUUGAUGUUUGGAUUUGACUCGAUAUCGAGAAACAGUUUUCAACGUAAACUUCCCAAGAGUUAUGAUUAUUUAAUGAACGAUUUGGAAGGUGUCGUUUUACAAGGUUACAACAUUAUCGGUGACGGCACUCCUCAAGCUUUAAUUCCGAUUUUAACGGGCAAAACCGAAUUGGAAUUGCCCGAUACGAGGAAGAGAAUGAAGAAUUCGGAAUUUGUGAACUCCUAUCCGUUUGUGUGGAACGAUUAUAAGGAUGCAGGAUAUGUCACUGGGUUUUUUGAGGAUGUCGCGGAAUUGGGCACGUUUACUUAUCGACUUAAUGGAUUUAAGGAAACUCCUGUGGACCAUUAUAUGAGAACAUAUUACGUGGCUGCUCUAAAAGAAAGAAACAAGUGGCCCAAGUUGUGUGCUGGUGAUAUUCCUAGACACAAAGUUAUGUUAAAUGCGAUAAAAGAUUUUUAUUCUGUGUACAAAUCGAACCCCAAAUUUUUGUUUGGAUUUCAUGGGGAGUUAUCUCAUGAUGACUACAAUUUAGUACAAGUUGCCGAUCAAGAUUUAACCGAAUUACUUAAAAGUCUGAAGGAAUCAAACGCUUUAAAUAACACCAUACUUAUUCUUAUGGCCGAUCAUGGACACAGAUUUGCAGAAAUAAGGAACACAAUCCAGGGAAAACAAGAGGAACGACUGCCGUUUUUUUCCUUUACCUUUCCCAAAUGGUUUAAGGAGCACCAUAAAACGGCCUACAACAAUUUUGUAUCCAAUGUGGACAAACUCUCUACGCCACUGGAUAUUUACGAAACCCUAAAGAGUAUUUUAAACUUGAAAAAUACCGGCAUAGCUGACUUAAGUCAUCGUUCUAUAUCUCUGUUCUCAAAGAUACCGGCCGAGAGGAACUGCGCGGACGCGUACAUCGAGCCGCAUUGGUGCGCAUGCCUGGAAUGGGAGAAGGUGUCGGUGUCCGAGCCGAUAGUCGAACGCUUGUCGGCCGUGUUCGUGAAAACGCUGAACGACUACACAUACGAUCACGCGAACGUGUGCGAGCGGCUCGCCAUCGCCGACAUCCUGUGGGUGACGAAGCUGAAGCCGAACGAGAAGCUGGUCACGUUCAAGAAGAACGCCGAUCGAGACGGUUUCGUCGGCGAGUUUAGCGCCAAGAUGGACAUCAAAUUCGACAUGUACCAGAUCAAGGUGAUGUUGAAGCCGGGAAAUUCUCUUUUCGAAGCCAGCUUCACGCACCACAAGGCCGACGAUAGAAUUGAUUUGAAGCUGAGCGACGUGAGCAGGAUCAAUAUGUACGGAAGACAAGCCAGGUGUAUCGAGGACGAUUUUCCCAAUUUGAGGAAGUAUUGUUAUUGUAAGGACGAUAUUCCUUGAACAUAACACCACGCGUUUUAAAAUUGUUGAUUUGUUUAAUAAAUUAGAGCGGCUUAUUUAUACGGAAUUUGACGACAAAAAUUUGUUGGCAAAUACUUGUUGAAACCAAACAGUUUAAGGG